AUGAGCGAAGCACCCCUCAGACAGCGGAUGCUCAAGUUCAAUAAUUGGGUCGAGAUCGCGAUCCUCUCAACCCUAGACAAAAAGACUCAGGACGAAUACUGGGAAAUGCGACAGGCCUUACACGAGGACCCAAACCCGAAAGCGAGAUCCCUCCCGGUCAAGGAGCUCUCCAGAGCUGACGUCGAAAGGAUCUUCAAGAGCGAAUGCUCAGCAGUUAUGGGGCCUCUAGCUUUGAAAACUCAUCUGAGGUUAUCUCGUUACGGUUUUUCCAUGGAUGGCAGAGCUUUGAACGGGAUGUUCUCCAUGGACCGGGGGCUACCUCUCCGCCAGAAUAAUGGCUUUGUCAACAGGACGGAGGACAGAAUCGAAGGCGGCUUCAUUGCUAUGUCCAACAUAACCGGGCGGGCGAGAAUUCAGUCUAUCGUCACACAUUGCAAGCGGACUUCAAGGGAGAAUGGUAAAGGGACCUGGGAGGAGCCAAGGACUAGCUGCGGAGAUACAUGCGAGCACUGA